AGUUGAACUGUAAGCUGUGCGCGCUGUUUCAGUAUUGCUUGAUAUCGGUUGGUUAACACACGUGCGGUAUUCGUUUUAAGUUGGCUGAUACGGCAUUUAGCAAAAACAAAAGUAAACUAAACAACAACAUAACAAAUAAUAAAUAAUAAGACGAAAUAUUUGCUGGCUGUCGUCACAUCUGGUAGCUUAAUGCAACUUUGUGAAAAUGGUUGAAACGGCAACAACAACAACAAUCACACGGACCGUAUCGACGGCCCCGUCAACAACCAGUAUUGCCCCAGCUGCCACGCCCACUGCUGCAUUGGUGCAACACAACGAUGAGACGACACGCGCCAUAUUCAACUUGAAAGUCAUUGUCUUCCUGUUGCUAUUGCCGUUCGUAUUGUUUGCAGUGUUUCUGAAACAUCUAUUGGAUUAUCUCUUCUCUCUCGGCCUCAAGGAAAAGGAUGUGACCGGCAAGGUGGCGCUGGUGACCGGCGGUGGUAGCGGUUUGGGUCGGGAAAUUUGCUUGGAACUGGCAAGGCGUGGCUGCAAAGUGGCCGUUGUGGAUGUCAACUCGAAGGGAUGCUACGAGACUGUAGAAUUGCUAUCCAAGAUACCGCGUUGCACCGCCAAGGCUUAUAAGAACGAUGUGUCCUCUCCACGUGAACUGCAGCUAAUGGCCGUGAAAGUGGAAAAGGAAUUAGGACCCGUCGAAAUUCUUGUCAACAAUGCCUCUCUGAUGCCAAUGACAUCGACACCGCAUCUGAAAAGCGAUGAGAUCGACACCAUUCUGCAACUCAAUCUCGGGUCCUAUAUUAUGACCACAAAGGAGUUUUUGCCAAAGAUGAUCACACGUAAAUCAGGUCACUUGGUGGCUGUUAAUGCAUUGGCUGGACUGGUACCGCUGCCCGGUGCAGGUAUUUAUACUGCCACUAAGUACGGCAUUAUGGGAUUCAUGGAUUCACUUCGUGCUGAGCUGCGUCUCUCAGAUUGCGAUUAUGUGCGUACCACAGUUGCCAAUGCUUAUUUGAUGAGAACUAGCGGAGACUUGCCGCUGCUCAGCGAUGCUGGCAUAUCCCAAAGCUAUCCGGGUCUUCCCACACCGUAUGUCGCCGAAAAAAUUGUCAAGGGUGUUUUGCUAAACGAGCGUAUGAUAUAUGUACCAAAAAUAUUUGCACUCAGUGUUUGGCUGCUCAAACUAUUGCCUACGAAAUGGCAGGAUUAUAUGCUUUUGCGUUUCUAUCACUUCGAUGUACGUAGCGCUCACCUGUUUUAUUGGAAGUAAAGGUAUAUUGGAUUGGGAGUUCAAUUAAGCUUGGUGUUUCCAAUUUAAUUAUUAUAGGAUAGACGUUAGAUGUUAAGCUCAUUAUUUAUUUAUAUAAAUUGAUGAUCGAAUUAAUAAAACGAUACGAAACAAAAAACAA